AGAUGCCUCGCCAGGCCGCCUCGAGGUUGGUGGUCGGAGAAGGUGAAGGGCCCCCGGGGGCUUCGGGGCCCGCGGCCACCAUGCUGCGCUCCCUGCUGCUUCACUCUCUGAGGCUCUGCGCCCAGACCGCCUCGUGCCUCGUGCUGUUCCCGCGCUUCCUAGGCACGGCCUUCAUGCUCUGGCUUUUAGAUUUCUUGUGCAUCCGCAAGCAUUUCCUGCGCCGUCGUCAUCCUGACCACCCCGAGCCCGAAGUAGAGCUCAACAGUGAAGGUGAGGAGAUGCCCCCUGACGACCCACCCAUCUGCGUAUCCGACGACAACCGGCUGUGCACCCUGGCCUCUCUGAAGGCCGUGUGGCAUGGCCAGAAGUUGGAUUUCUUCAAGCAGGCCCAUGAGGGUGGCCCAGCACCUAACUCGGAGGUCGUCCGGCCUGAUGGCUUCCAGAGCCAGCGCAUCCUCGACUACGCACAAGGGACCCGCCCGUUGGUGCUCAAUUUUGGCAGCUGUACCUGACCACCGUUCAUGGCGCGGAUGAGCGCCUUCCAGCGCCUGGUCACCAAGUACCAGCGCGACGUUGACUUCCUUAUCAUCUACAUCGAGGAAGCCCACCCAUCCGAUGGCUGGGUCACCACAGAUUCACCCUACGUCAUCCCACAGCACCGCAGCUUGGAGGACCGUGUCAGCGCAGCAAGAGUACUUCAGCAAGGCGCACCUGGCUGUGCUCUGGUUCUGGACACGAUGGCCAACUCCAGCAGUUCCGCAUAUGGUGCCUAUUUUGAGCGCCUCUACGUCAUCCAGAGCGGCACCAUCAUGUACCAGGGAGGCCGUGGCCCCGACGGUUACCAGGUGUCUGAGUUGCGCACUUGGUUGGAGCGCUAUGACGAGCAGUUGCAUGGUACUAGGCCACGUCGACUCUAAAAAACCAAGGGACAAGUGACUGAAUUGGUGGGCUGGGUCUUCUGGGCCUUCGAAGCUCAUGUGCGAAUGCUCCAAAAGAAGUCAAGGUUUUCAGGGGUCCCGUGACACAGAUGAGCACAGCCACAGAACUCAGGCUGAGUCUGGCUAACUUGAGACUCUGCUAUAGUGACUCCCUUUUGGUACUUUUUGGCUUGCUUUCUGGAGCAUUGCUGUGGCUAGAACUGGCAACUUUGUCCCUGCUGAAGUUUACCUGCUGGACUUUCUGACACCUGCUCCCCAGCGCUAUUUCAGCAAAGCGCAAUAAGUCGCCAGCAUCUCACAGCUCGGGACUUGUUGGCCACGCCCGCGCGCCCUGAGCGCAGCUGGGUUCCAGCAGCGCCUCCGGCUCUAGCUAGUUGCCUGGCACCCACCUGUCGAGAGCAGGGAGUCCUGCUGCUUUUGUGUUUAUUUCUUAUCCCUGGGUUGGGGGAGGGGCUCAAGAUAAAGGGUGGGCAGGGUAAUUUCCCCGCCUAGCUUUAGGUGCGCUGGAACCCUGGCUGCUGAUGACGAACCGCCUCUAACUGGGCUUGACCACGGGUCGGCUCUGAAUUGCAGAGGGGCUCGAAACAGCGCCUAAAGUAAGAGGGGGAAAGUGCUCUGGGUUCCACGGGGAACCGUCAAAAACAGGGUGAAAGAGGGACAUGGUAAGGGGUGGGCUUCAGGACCAAAGGAAGCGGCUUGGGGCACUGGCGAGGUUCGCAGGUCCCCAAGAGGGAGGCUAGGACUCCUUGGAGAAGGGAUUAAUUGGUUCGAAGACAAGGAGAUGGGGAAGAGCCUGGGAGUCCUAAGCAGAAAGAGCGGGUUGUGGGGUGGGGUGAAAACCAGUCAGUGAAUGUUGUGUUGGAAACGUUCCUUGUGUAUAAACUUUUAAGUUACAAUAAUAAAGACUUGAAGGAAGUUGCUCUG